AUGCUUUGGAGAAGGCAAAACAAUUGGAUAAGGAUCAUAAAUUUAUUAAGUUUAUAUUAUGAGACUUAUAUUAAUUUCGUAACGGCACUUCGUAGUGGAAAUACUGCAGAUAUUCAUAGACAUGUACUUGCUAUGGAAAAAAAUUUCAAGGAUUCCGAUAAUCCUCCAGUAUUUGCUCUAAUGAUGCAUGUCAAAAUUGGCAUUUUAUUGCAAAACAACGAAAUUGCUGUUGAAUCAAUUAAAAAAGCACUUGAAUUAAUGCCUAAUUGUUCUGCUGCUAUUUAUCUUUCUGGAGUUUUGGAACCUCAACCGAGUGAGAGAAUGAGUCAAAAUAAUUUUGAGGCUUAUUUUCAAAAUAUGGAGAAGACAAUGAAUAAUGCAUUAGAAGCUGAUCCAAAUAAUUGGGAACCUUACAGGAUGCUUGCUAAAAUGCAACUUAAUAAGCAGAACAUUCAAGAGGCAAUCAAGUUUUAUGAUAAGGCAUUGGAACUUGCUCGCGGGAAGGACGAAAUUAAGAUCUUAAUGAAGGAAAAACUUUUUAUUGAAAUGGAAGAAAAGAGACGCAACAAUAAAAAACUUCCAAAACGACUUGCCACCGUUUAAGUUUUCACUUAUUUAUUUUUAAGGAAAUUUUUUUGGUUCUUUUCGGUUAUUUCACACCUCACAGAUUACUUGGGAUGGUAGU